AUGAGGAGCGUUAUGGACUUAAAACUAAUGAUGUGGGUGUUCGCGCCCUAUGACAUCGGAACAAACAAAAUAUCGGCGCACCCCCAACCACCACCCCCGCCUCCGCCCGCCACUAAGAAGAGUGAGAAAAAGAAAGGCGACAAUAACGGCAUCAAGAAAAAGAAAACUAGGACUACGUUCACGGCAUACCAGCUGGAAGAACUGGAGCGUGCGUUUGAACGAGCGCCGUACCCAGAUGUCUUUGCCAGAGAGGAGCUCGCUCUCAAGCUGAACUUAUCGGAAUCACGUGUGCAGGUAUGGUUCCAAAACAGAAGAGCAAAAUGGCGUAAACGGGAACCCCCGAGAAAAACUGGAUACAUCGGCUCCAGUUCCCCCAGCUCGACAACGUUAGGCGGCGGUUUCUCCGGCAUCGGUGGGAAUUUACCAGCGUUCCCACAGAACGGUAUACCAGCUCCCGCCGACUCGUGGUCCUACCAGCACACGUAUGAGUUGUCGCCGCACCACUUGCUGUCAUCUGGCGGGACCGGCUAUCCAGCGUUUAACUCUCAGCCCGCGGCGUAUUCUUACACUACAGUACUCAAUGGGCAUGACGGUCAAAUGUUCGCUCCGAGACAUUACGACUACGGCGAGGGUAGUCCGCCUCCGCUGGGCGUGCGCGACUAUCCGAUGAUAGCGGCCCACUCCCCGCAGAUGGAGGGUCAUGGGCAUGAUGAUAAGCUGGAGUACCGCUCGCAUGACCACGAGGACAAAUACUCGGCGUGUGCAAUGCAAGAGGAGCCGCCGCGCUACGCUCCACCUCCCGAAGACUAUGACAAGUGUGGUAUGGUGUCACAUGACAAGCACUACGAGAUGGACAGACACGCGGAUCUCGCGCCCCCUGUCGUUGUCAAAAUGGAACCCAGCCCCGGACAAGGUUACACAUCUCUGCCCCCUUUUUUGAACUGAAAUACUCCUUUUCGAAAUUAACCUACAGUCAGGAAUAAUUUCGAAAAGGAGUAUUCGAUGUCAGAACGUUUACGAUUAUGUAAAAAUAAUAUGAUUUAAUUCAUAUAAUAAGAAAAGCAAUAUCGUCUAAAUAUUACAAAAUUGUAAUGCUUGGUAUACAAGUUGUCGAGAUUUUUCUAACUCUUUGUCACCAAAAAUGUAGUUAGUGUUAAAGCUCAAAAAUGCGCAAGUUAUAAAACUAACUUAAGUAAGUUUUUCGUGUUUAAGCAUUUUGUAAUAUAAGUUUUAUAUGCAAUAAAACUUACAAAUCUCACAAAUAAGAAAGCUGAUCGAAUCAAUCGGAUUAGCGUCCAUAAAGAUAUUAAGAAUUGUU